CUCAAUCAAGAACCUCAAGCAUGUUAUACAGAACUUGACCAAAGCUAGGAUUAUGCGCGGGUGCUCGGGUCUGUUGCGGGGGCCCAGACUUGCAUGUGGGCGAGCGCAAAACCCUCGCUUGCAUGCACUCUGGCUGCAGUUGACAUCCAGGUCGGACGUGGCUGAAUGGGCAUUAUUGAGCUAGUUUUAGGCUAUUUCUUAUAUGCAACAAACUAUGCCAACACGCGAGAUGCAGACACUGGGCGCCUAGCGGAAAAUUUGACACAAACAUGUUUGAAUCCCAGGUUGCGUACUACUUGGAUAGAUAUUUAGGUCGCUAUGUCGCAGGUCUGGACGCAGCUGCAUUACGGAUUUCGGUCUGGAGUGGCGAUGUCGUUCUCACCAACCUUGCGUUGAAGCCGGAGGCCCUCGAGGAAUUGGGGCUGCCUGUUGCCGUUGUUUCUGGCGUCCUUGGGAAGCUAACGCUCAAAGUGCCAUGGAGCGCGCUGGGUCGGCAGCCGGUGGUUGUGGAGCUGGACCGCAUCUACGUGCUGCUGCGGCCCAAGGCCCGCACCAGCGCCACGGGGGAGGCAUGCAUGGACGUGGCCCAGUACGAGGCGGCUGUGACCGCUGCCGAGCUGGAGGAGAAGCGGCGGCGUGUGCUGGAGGCGGAGAGCAGCUGGCUGCAGGAGCUGGAGGCGAAGCUGAACGCGAAGCUGCAGCAGGACAAGAAGGGGUCUGGCGGCACGGCUGGCAGUAGCAGCAGUGGCGGCCUGUUUAACUUUCAGGCCAUGGCGCACACCAUCCUGGGCAACCUGCAGCUUCGGCUCAGCAACAUCCACAUCCGGUACGAGGACACCGAGCGGCUGCCCGGCGGCGUGCCGCUGGCGGUGGGGCUGACACUGGGGGAGGUGGCGGCGCACACGGUAGACGAGGCGGGGCGGGAGGCCUUCGUGACGGAGCACGUGCUCAGCCUCAUGCGGAAGGCGGUGGUGUUGCGCCAGCUGGCCGUCUACUUCGACGUAGGGCUGCCGCUGCUGCGCCCGCCGCGCGGCGGCGGCGUGUGGAGCGGCGCAGUCGCCGCCGCCCUCACGCCCGCCGAGUGGGAUGCGCUGUUCCUGCCCGCCCACCACCUGCCGCCGCUGCCGCCGCCGCCGUCCUCGGCGUCGUCGUCGUCAGCAUUGCCACCACCGGGGGCUGCUACAGCCCCCGCAGGGGCUGCUACAGCCGCCGCGCCUGCGGGGCCGGCGGGGGUUGUGCCGUACGGCCGGCCGCUGUACGACCACCACCACCUGGUACUGCCCAUCUCCGGUCGCAUGACGUACAUCCACAGGUCUGCAGCGCAUGCCAAGGACCCGUCCGUGCCGCGCACGGAGGUGCGGGUCACCAUUGACGCAGUGUCGCUGGCCUUGAGUGCCCCCCAGUACGGCAGCACACUGGCGCUGCUGGACGCACUGGACGCCUCAGCCGCUAACGCGCCGUACAGCCGCAUGCGGCCGCCCGGCCGCCCGGGGGCAGGCCCGGCCGCCGCGCGGCUGUGGUGGCGCUACGCCUUCCUGGCGGUGCGCAAGCAGCGCCGCCGGCUGGGCGAGGCGCACGUGGGCUGGGGCCAGCUGCGUGCCGCCUGCCUCCUGCGCAGGGCCUACGUGCCCGCAUACGCGCGGCUGCUGGCGGCGGGUGGCGCGCUGGGCGGCGACGCGGCGAUUGCGGGCCUGGACGCACAGCUGCCCGAGCCAACCAUACUGCUGUUCAGGCGUAUGGCACACGCCAAGCUCAAGUCGGAGCAGCCCAAGGCAGCAGCAACUGCCGCGGGUGGCAGUAGCACCGCCGCCCGCAGCGGCAGUAGCGCGUCGCUACAGGCCGCCAAAGCCGCAAAGGCGGCGGCCGGCGGCGGCAGUAGCCGCACCUGGUCGGCCUGGCUCUGGGGGAGUAGCAGUAGCGGCAGUAGCAGCACCGCCGCGGCCGGCAGUAGCGCUGGCGGUGCCGAGGGGUCGUCUCCUGCUGCGGCUGUAGCAGCCCCGGGGGCCGUGGUGGUGGGCGCGGGGGCGGAUGCGGACGGGUCACUCACGGCUGAGGAGUGGAAGAAACUGGAGGAGCUGCUGGGUGGCCAGGACGCCGAGGGGGAGGGAGUCCUGGACUCCGCCGCCGCCGCCACAGACGCAGCCAACCCGCACGCGCUGCUUGCGGCUGUAGCUGUAGAGGUGGCUACUGCGUCUCUGGAGCUACGGGGCGGCAGUAGCAGCAGCAGUAGCAGCAUGGCCGGCAGUGCCGCUGGGGCGGGGCUGGCUAUAGCGCCGCCGCCGCCAGUGUUGCUGGUAGCGGCAAUGAAGGGCGUGUCGGCUGGCGUACAGCAGUACCCUAGGACACACAGCCUCAACCUGCAGGUACAGGAGACGUGCGUGGACGCUCCCGGCCGAGGGGAGCUGCUGCGUGCGAUGCCCAUGUCGGCGCAGCACGCGGCGCACGACGGCGGCCACGUGCACGCGGCUGCGGCGGCGGCUCAUACGAACCCGCCGGCCUCGCUCCUGCUGGAUGUCACCCUGGCGCCGCAGGAUGGCAGUGCCGAUGCGGUGGUGUGUGUUCACCUGGCUCCCAGCUACAUCACAGCCGACGCCGCCGCCGUCCGGCCCCUCCUGGACUUCUUCACCGCCCCCACCUUCCAGCAACAGCAGCAGCAGCUGCAGCCGGGCGGCGGCAGCGGCGGCGGUAGCGGCAGUAGCGGCAUGGCUGGCGCUGGCGGCGCGCUGGCGGCGCAGGCGGCGGCGCAGGCGCAGCAGCUGCAGCGGGAGGCGGCGCGGCGGCUGGCUGGCCUGUCACAGGAGCGGCCGCGCCUGAAGCUGUCCGUGGUGCUUCACGCGCCCAAAGUGGCGGUGCCGGAUGGCAAGGGCCGCACCACGCUACUGCUAGACCUGGGCUGCCUCACGCUCUCCAGCAGAAGCGGCAGUAGCAGCAGCAAAGAGGGGCAGCAGGGAUUGCAUGACGAGGAGGAACAGGAGGAGGAGGAGCCGGGCCUGUACCAGGGCUUUGCCCUCGAGCUCGACCACGUCGCGGCCUCACUACUUGACGGCAGUAGCAGUGGCAGUAGCAGCGGCAGCACCGGGUUCCGAUGGGCAGACCUGCAGGCGAUGCAGGCGGCUGGGGAGGGGCCGCAGGGGCGGGGUGGGCAGCAACGGGCGCCGCACCUGGUGCCGCUGCUGUCGCGGUUCGGCCUCAAGGCGGCGCUGCAAGUCGCCAACUGGGCGCACGAGCGCCUGCCGCAGGCACGCAUGCGGCUGCGGGCCUCCCCACUGGAGCUCCACGUCAGCCCCUUCCGCCUGCAUCGGCUGCUGGGCAUCACCGCCGCGUUGCAGCAACUGGCGGCCGUUGGCGGCGGCGGCGGCGGCGGCGGCGGCGUUGCGGCGGCGCCCGGCGCUGCUACUGCUCCUGCUGCUACUGCAGCGGGUGCAGAGGCGCAGGCAGCAGGCCUGUUGGCGGGCUCCUUGAGCGCCGCGGCUGAGCCGGCGUGGUUGUCGGGAGCGGAGUAUCAGACCCUGGCUCAGGUGCUGACGUGGGAUGCACUGGGCGGCCUGGGGUCGCACUGGCGGCGGCGCCGGCUGGUGGUGUGGCGCGGGCGGCUGCUCGUGAUGACCGCUACUGCUGACACCAGCAGGCCGGCUGGGGCCAACACGCUGAUAGACAGCAGGACGUUCUGGCGCGGCUGGCGGCUGGUGGCGGUGCCGCCGCACGCCGUGUCCGGUGCGGAGCACGUAUUGGCGCUGGUCCCCCUGAACGGCGGCGGCGGCGCAGCAGCCCGCGGCGGCGGUGCAGGUGCAGGUGGUGGCGGCGGCGGAACCAGAGCGGGAGGCGGCGGUGCUGCCAGCAGGGCGGUGGUUCGGCCUCAGGACGCGCCCACGCACCCCGAGGCGCUGGUGGUGCGGCUGCCGGAUGCGGCAGGGCUGGCGGCGCUGCGGGCCGCGAUGCGGCAGUCCGCGGCAGCGGCCGAGGCGGUUGCAGAGGAGCUCCCUGUCGGUCAUGGCGCAAUCGACGACGACUCCAGCAGCGGCGGCUUCGGCAGCAGCAGCGACGCCGGCAGCGAUGACGACGCGGCGGCUGCAGAGGCUGCUGCGUCCAAGAAAGCGGCAGAAGCCCAGAGCAAGCAGCAGCAACAGAAGCAAGUCGCCGGGCAGGGCACCGCAAGGGAGCUGUUCCAGCUCCGUGGGGCGCUGCCCGAGCUCACGCUCCGGCUCAGCGGGCGGCCCGCCCGCUCUUGGAGAACCGUGUGCGCUGUGGCCACAGCUGCUACUGCCAUGGCCGCUGGCGCAACUGCUACUGCUACGGCUGACGAGGCCACGGCGGCGGAGGCUGGCGGUGGCGGUGACGCAGGCGUGCCAGAGCCGGGCGACGCCGCGGCUGCAGCCGCUACUGCCGCUGUGGCACCCUCUGCUGAGGACGCUGGUGCAGCUGCUGGCGAUGAUGCAAACGAGGAUGGUGAUGACGACUUCAGGAGCGUGUGUAGUCUUGACUCAGACGACGACGAGGAGCAGCAGGAGGAGGAGGAGGACGGUAGCGGAGGGCUCCGCAGUGCCAUCGAUCCCGUGCCGUUGGCGGUUGAGGUGCCGCUGCUGACUGUGCGCCUGCGGCAUGCCAGCGUGGCACUGGGGUUCCGCAACGACCGCCUGACCGCCGACGUCGCCAUGGCCUCCCUGCUGUGUGACGACGAGCUGUGCGGCGGCAGUAGCAGCAGCAGCAGCAGCAGCGGUGGCAGUAGCAGCAGCGGCGGCGACGCCGGCAGUAGCAGCAGGGUUGGGGGCCUGGGGCCUGCCUUCGCCGUGCUCGCCACCAGCGGCGGCGGCGGCGGCGGCGCCGGGGUGGUCCAUGCAGGUAUCGGCGCCGGGGUGGUCCAUGCAGGUAUCGGCGCCGCUGGUCAACCGGACGGGGCGGCGGCUGCGCCGCUUGCUCGGCUGCGCUUCACACAGCACCUGCAAAGCACGCCCAGCUCUGAGCAGCCGGAGGCCGACACAGAGCUGGGCCUGGAGGUGGCGGCGAUGGACCUGCGCUGUCACCGCCCCACAGUGGCAGCCCUGAUGGGGCUGGGAACGGACAUGGCAGCCGCGGCCGCGGCCCUCAGCCCCACGCCUGCUGCGGCCGCACAUGCUGCGCCUGCCAGUGCUGCAGGUCUUGCCAGCAGUGCUGCAGGGUCUGUUGCUACUGCGCCCGACGGACCGCAGCAGACCGGCGGAGACCUGCUGGGAGAUGAGUGGGUUGCGGAUCCGCUGUCGACGAAAACAACGACCUCGGGCCUCGCCACUGGCGCGGCUGGCAGUAGCCACCGCCAGCACGGGGCUGCUGCUACAGCCGGGGGGCCGGCCGGCGAGGAAACCAGCGCGAUCGUGUGCUACCGCGGCCUUGCUGCCGGCGCCGGCAGUGGCAGUGGCAGUGCCGCUGCCGCAGCUGCAGCACCUGCAACUGCUACAGCUGCUGCAGCAGCAGGCGGGCGCGCGCUCGUGAAGAUGCACGUGGUCAUGCAGCGACUGCAGCUGACUCUGCCGUAUGAAAUGGAGGAGCCGCCGGCGGCUGUAGCUGCAGCGGUUGUGGCUGUAGCUGGUGGCGGCGGUGCCGGCGGCGCUCGUGCUGGGGAAGUGGCGGCGCGAGUGUUUGCGGUCGCUGCAAUUGAAGCCUUCGUGAUGGACCUAGCCGUGCGCCCCGGCGGCCUGCAGCUGGACGCCUCACUAGGCAACAUCACGGCCGAAUACGGAGCGCUGCCUGCCGGCCACCCCAACCGCACCCUGCUUACCGUCCGGCAGCCGCCAGGUGCGGUUGCGGCGGGUUCGGAGGCGGGUGGCGGCGGCGGGGGCGGCGGCAGCGACGCGGCGCUGCUGCAAGUCACAUUCAGGAUGCACUCGCGUGAGGAGUCGCUGCACGAGCCGCGUGUGCCGAACGGCGUGGACUACAGCUCGCUGUCCGCGCGGCUGCGGUCCGUCAACGUCACACUCAUGAACCGAUUCUUGUUGGAGCUACAGACCUACACCACGGGCCUCUUGGAUCUACAGCCCAAGGCGCGGUCGCCGCCUCCCACACCGGCUGCGGCGGCCGCCGCGUCCGCCGGGGCCAGUCAGAAGCUACAGCCGCAGCCCCAGGCGGCGGCGGUGGCAGUAGCAGAACUGCAGCAGGCGCCGUUCAUACUUCUGCUUGACGUGUUGUUGGAGUCCCCCGUGGUCAGUGUGCCGCAGUACAGUCUCUACAGACGCAGCAGUAGCAGCACUGGCAACAGCAGCAGCGCUGGUGCGGCAGUAGCAGCAGCAGUAGCGGCAGCGGCACCGGUGCCGGGGCUGGAGGCGUGGUUGGGGCGGCUGCAGCUGAGCACCACGGCUGUAGCAUGGCGUGACGUGGUGGCUGGCGGAGAGGAACGCACCGCUACUGCCACUGCUACUGCCGGCGGCUUUGAUCUGCUCGGCGGCGGCGGCGGCGCUACAACGCCGGCUGGCGGAAGGAGUGGGAGGCGGCAGGUACUCAUGGAUGAGAUUCAGGUCGCCAUCACGGAUGUCAGCCUCAUGGCCCGCGGCGGCCCCUCCGGAUGCCGAGACACCAACAUGAUCCAAGACCUGGGCCCAACCGGCAUGCGCGUCGCGCUGCGCCGCCCCCUGGCUGCCCGGCUGCUACUGCCGCCGUCACCUCCUGCUGCUGCUACAGCCGGAGCUCCUGCAAACGACGCCGCAUCUGCUGCUUCUGCUUCUGCUUCUGCUUCUGCUGCAGCUGCCGCUACUGCGGAGCUGCUGCCAGACGCGUCGCUGCCGCCCAUACAGGUGGCGGUGUCGCUGCCGCGGGUGGUGGCGUGCGUGGGUGAGCGCGAGUACACGCACGCGCUGGCGGUGCUGGCGGAGAACUUCAGCGAGACCCUUGGCGGCGGCGGCGGAGGUGGCGGCGGCGUGGACCCUGUGGGUGAUCUGUUUGUACGGCGGCGGCUGUACGACAAGUACGGUGCCAGCCGCCGCCGCCCGCCGCCGCCACCACCCGCCGCCGCCGCGAACAAAACCGCGGGAUCGGCUGCUGGCGCCGCCAGUAGCGCAUUCGGCGACGGCGGCGGCUCCGCCGUCAGCGCGCGGCCGCCGCCCCUUGACUUCCGUCUCAGCACGCGCGCCGCGAUGGCGCUGCUCAGCCCGGAGGCCGACGCCUGUGCCGUUCAGGUUACGGUUUCCAUCGGCCUGGCUGCGCUGACGCUGCUCGUCCCAGAGGUUGAGGGCGGCGCCGUACUGCGGCCGUUGGCGGCGGUUGCCGUACGCGACCUCUGGGCAGGAUACUACGCCACGUCUGGUGGCUCCAUGUUUCUGAGCCUGGCCCUGCCCAGCGCGACCAUCGAGGACGCCAGACCAGGCGUGCUACCAGACCAGAGGCUGGUGCUGUCUACGUCAGUUGCUGGUGUGGGCGCCUCCUCCGGAGCGGUUGGAAUGGGUGAGGCGCAGCCGGCGACGCCUUCAGCCGCGAGCGCCUCCUCUGCAGAGGCUCCCUGGGCGCCGGCACAGAUGACGCAGCACCCACAGUCGGCGGGAGAAGGCGGCGCCCCCAACCCAUCCCUGCUAGUGGUGGAGUUCCGGUCCAUUGCCGCUGCUGCUACAGCUGCUACAGCCGCGGCGGCUGCAGCCUCGCCCGGAUCCACGGCAGCAGCCAAGCCGCGGCUGCCCUCCAUCGGGAUACGGAUCCGGGUGCAGCAGCCGCAGAUGGUUCUGGAUCUGCUGCUGCUACAGCGCCUCAUCAACUUCGCAGCCGGCGGCCCCGUACUGCAGGGUGCCGUACCACGUGCGUUCGACGGGCGUGACGUACACGUGCCACUGGGCCACCCGGGGCCGCACUCGCCGUACACCGCACGUGGCGGCGCCGACCUCUGGCUCUGUCCCGAGGUGAGGCUGCUGGCGGAUGCGCCGGCGGCGCUUGCUACAGCCGGCAAAAGCAGCAGCAGCAUUGGCAGUGGCGGCGGUAAUGGCAGUGGCGACAGCAGCAGCGGCGGGCAGCCGCGUGUGCAUGUGUACGACGGCGGCGGGGGGCGGCUGGUGCUGCCGCCGGGACUGGCGGCGGCGGAGGCGCUGCCGCUGGUGGUGGUGGGCGCGGGCCGCACGCUGGUGCUGCGGAAUGUGCGGGUGAUCAACGCUGCAUCGCUGCCGGCGUGCCUGCAGUUGGGACCGGGCGCAAAGCUGGUUGCGCGAGAGGAGGACGGAGUCAAGAUGAUCGCAGGCGGCGGCAGUAGCAGCGUUGUGGCCUCAGCGGCGUCCAUGGCUGGCGGCGCGCGGCCGAGCUUGUACGGCGCGGCAGCGGCGGGUGCGGCAGCGGCGGCGGCGGCGGCAGCGGCGGGUGGGUCCGGAUCGGACGGUACAGGCAGUACGGCGGCAGCAGGGGCGGUGCUGCCGCCGUACAUGGAGUUGGCGGUUGACGUGGUGGGCGCAUCCGUACACGUGAUGGACUCGCCGGCGGGCGCCGAGGGUACAGCGUACGGCGGCGCCGGCGCCGGCGCCGGCGCCGGCCUGGCAACGGCCACGUCGCUUGCGGCGUCAGCGAGGAGUGGCAGCAGCGUCAGCGUGUCGGUCGUAGGUCGGUCCCGGGCGGGUGCGGCCAGGUCGUCGAGGUUUGCGCCGUCGCACCUCGGCUCGCGGCCGGCGGCCAUGGCGGCGCCGCUGGCGGGGCGCGGAGCCGCGACCAUGGCACCAGAUGAUGAUGAGGAGGAGGAUGAGCUUGACGAGGCGGCGACGGUCGGGCGCGGCGGCGGCGGUGGAUGGGGAGGCAGGCUGCGGCGGCGGCUGGUGAUCGCGGCGGACCUGUCCGCGUCGUGGCUGGCGGUGGGGGACAGCAAGCAGGAGGCGCGCGCCGCGCUGCGUGGGCUCAGUGUGCGGAUGCUGACGUCACUGCGCAGCAGCGGUGGUGGUGGCGGUGCUGGCGGUGGCGGUGGCGUUGACGCGUUUGGACUGCUGCGUGCACAGUCGAGGAACUCUCUGAGCGGAGCGGCUUUGCACCGCGCGCCCAGCAUCCCUGAAACCGCUAGCGGCUAUGGCGAUGGCACCACCACCGUCGUUGGCGGCCGUGGCGGCGGCGGCGGCGGGCUUGGCGGUGACGGCGGGGCUCUGGAUUCGGUGCUGAUGGAGGCGGCUGACAUCACACUGACGUACGAGCUGACGGUGGCUGAGAUGGCGCUGUCUGUGGACGCGGAUUCCGCGCUGCUGCUGCGCCUGACGCCGCAGGCCGCGGCGCUGCUGCUGCGGCUGCAGGCGCGGCUGCUGGCGCGCCUGAGCGUGCCGGCGCCCAAUCAGCCACUCAGCCGCUGCAGCCGCUACCAGCCCGUGUGCAGCCUGGCUACUGCCGCUACUGCUGCUGCUGGUGGCUGGAGCGGCGGCGGCGCGGUUCGCGGCGCUCGCGGUUUUGCCGGCUUGGGCACCCAGCCGACAGCGGGCGGCACAGCUGCGAAUCCAAGCACUGCCGCCGGCACCGGGCUAAACCUGCUGGACGGCUCGGAGCCCAGCGGAACGUCCGGCGGAUCCGGCGCUACAGCCGAUGCGCAACCCUUGGAUCCGGAACUGGAUCCGGAGGCGGCGGCACGUGGCCUGACCAUCUGGCGCCCUGUGGCUAGCUCAGGCUACGUGCCGCUGGGUGAUGUCAUCUGCCAGGGCAACGUCCGACCGUUGGAUUCGGUUGUGACUGCCAGCAUCAGCUCGGGCAUCAUCAGCUACCCGACGCGGUACGAGGCGGUUGGCAGUUGGUCGGUUGCGGGCGCCGAUCCGGAUAGCGCUGCUUAUGCCGUCGGCGAUGGCGGCGGUGUGAUUUCCAUCUGGCGGCCGGUGCCGCCGCCUGGGUAUGUGGCACUGGGCUUCGUCGGCGGCGCCGCCGGCUCAUCCGAGCCGCCGCCGCUGACGGCGGUUGGCUGCCUGGCGGCGGCGGCCGUGGUGGAGGGCUUCGCCGGUGAGUGCUUCGUACUGCCCCCAGAGUUUACGGCGGCGGCCGCCGCACCCGGUCACCUGGAUGUGGCUGCUGCAUCGGCGGCAGUUAGUGGAGGCGGCGGCGGCGGCAGCGGGACGGCGGUGACGGGCGGGUGCCGUGUGUGGCGGCUGCAGAACCAGGCAGCAACCUUCGUGGUGACAGGCCCUGGCCAACCACUUCCCGCUCCGGUUGACGUGUUUGAUCUCCGCAGUCCUCUGGGUGUCACGCCGGCAGCGCUCACGCCGCUGGGCAAACUCCAGCAGCUGUGGCGGGAGCGGAGCGAGCGGGAGGCGGCCGCCGCCGCCGCCGCAGCGGCCGCUGCCGCCACCAAGCUCGACGCCAGCGCCACCGCUGGCGCCGCUGGCACCACCCAGGCAGCAGCCACAGCGGCGGCGGCCGCAGCUGCUGCAGCACUGACGGUGCACAUGCGGCAGCCGCCGCCGCUGUCACAGCUCUGCCAACUCAGCUACCUGCGAGACCGAAGGGAGCUCCUGCGUCACGCGGCCCGGCGAGAGCUGCAGGCGCCGUGUGUGGAGUUCGGCCGGGUGUGGAGCGACAGGGCGCUGCACUCGCGACACAGCGGCCGCGGCCGCAUCAGCGUGUGGCGCCCGCGACCGCCGCCGGGGUAUGCGUACCUGGGUGACUGCGUAGUGGUCGGCGCCUACACGCCGCCGCCGGCCGUGUCCGUGUUGAGGGACGUCGUCACCCCACCGCUGCACGACCGCCGCGGCGGCGGCCGCACGGCGCUGUCGCCACUUGCGAAGCCCAUUGGGUUCGAAAAGGUCUGGGACAGCGGCGCCUUCCUGGUGUUGUGGCGCCCCAUGCCGCCCGACGGCUACGUGGCGCUCGGAGUGGUGGCGGGCGUGGGGCCCUACCCGCCCGUCACAGAAGCGGCAGCGCUGCGGGUGGUGCGGCAAGACCUCGUGGCGCCCGUGUCUGUGGCCGCCUCGCGACCCGACUGGAUGCUGCCCCCGCUGGGCAGCAACAACAGCGGCGGCGGUGGCACCGGCACCGGCGGCAGCAACGUGUACGGCUGGAUUCCGGACUACCGCACGGGCGCGUCCACCAUCGUGUGCCAGGCGGCGCUGCCGAGUGAGGGCACACGCCACGUGCCGAGACUUAACCUGGCGGCAGGCGACUGGCUGCCCGCGGCGGCCAUCAGCGGCGGCGGCGGCGGCGGCGGCGCGGCGCCCAGAGGCAAGGGCAAGGCGGCGCCGAGCUCGGACGCGCCCCUGCAGCGGCACGAGCUGCUGCGCCUGUCGGACGAGGGCGGCGAGGAGGAGGAAGAGGAGGAGGAAGAGGAGGAGGAGGCAGGGGAUGGGGAUGAGGAGGGGCGGGCAGGUGGCGCCGGCGCGGACGAGGACCCCGCGGCGGCGGCAGGGCCCUUCAGAGACUCGAGCCUGCGGCUGCGGCUGCGCCACCCCGCCGUGCUGCAGCUGUGUGCGCCCGGCGGCCGCCCGGUGCUGGAGCUGGAGGCGCGCGAUGGCCGCCUGGGCUGGGCCACACAGGGCCGAGACGCUAGCAGCGCCUACGCCUCGCUCAUCGCCAGCGCCUGGACCUGCAGCGGUGGCGGCGGCGUCCUGCCCGCCCGCGGCGGCGGCGGUGGCGGCGGCUGCUGGGAGCCGCUGCUGGAGCCGUGGCAGCUGAUGUUGAGAUGCGACGACUCGAGAUCCACGGGCGAGUGCGGCAGUCGGCGGCCCGGGACCUGGGUGAAGCUGACGUCCGCUCAGGAGACUGCCAAGGCGGUGUUGUGUCACAGCGGCCUGCAGCUGCUGCUGUCGGCGGUGCCGGCCUGGGUGGACGUGCUGGUCGGAGGGCCGGCCUUGUCUCCUGAGAGCGCACGCCGGCGCGCCGAGCAGGCGGCCAACGAGCUGACCGCCGUCACCGCCGCAGCCGGCGGUGGCGGCGGUGGCGGAGCCUGGCGCGGUGCCGGCCUGGGCCUCGGCGGCGCCGGUCCCGGCAGCCUGCUGGUCACCAACGCGCUCGGCACCGGCGUCACACUUCUUACGGAUGACAGUGAGCGCCAGUCCGUCACCGACGUGCCGCCAGACGCCGAGUGCGCCGCCGUCAGUCUGGCGGUUGGCAGUAGCAGUGGCAGCAGCAGUCACGGCAGUAGCAGCGGCAAGGGCGGCAUCAGCAGCGGCCGGCUUCAGGCGCUGGCAGCGGCUGUAGCACUGCGCCGCCAGCCGCGCAUGACGCUGGCGGCGCCCGCCGUGGCGCUGUACGUGGACGUGCUACAGCUCCUUGGUGCUGCAGCCGCCGGGGGUGCUACUGCCGCUGGCGCUGCAGCGGCUGCUGCUACUGCCGCAGCGGCGGUGCCGGCUUGGCUGGCGCGAGAGCUCGGCAAGGGCGGCGGCGAGGGCGGCGCGGCGGGCGGCGGCGGCUACUUGGUCGGAGUUCGUGUCAACGGCCCGGCGGCGGAGGGGCUGCCGGAGUCGGAGUGGGGCAUGGUCACGCGGGCGGUGCUACAGCCGCCGCCGCCGCCGCCUGACGGCUCGCCGGCGUCGUCGACCUCGGCUGUAGCACUGCCGGCGUGGCGGGAGCGCUUCCUGUUCAAGCUACCUGCCGACCUGAGUGCCGCCUUGCUACUGCCGCCCUACCUUGGCGGCAGCGGCAGCGGCGUUGGCGGCGGCAGUAGCACUGGGUACCACGCAUUUGCGGGCGUGCCGGUGCAGCUUGACGUGUCGCUGCUGGUUUCGGAGGGGGCGGGCGGGGGGGCGCCGCGUGUGGUGGCGGCUGGCACGUACCCGUUGCCGUACGACUGGCUGCUGAACCAGGUGCAGCGGCUGCUGCGCGGCAGUAGCACGAGCGGUGGCAGUAGCACUGGCGGCGGAGGCGGCAGUAGCAACGCUGGGGGUCCCGGGGGCCCAGGCCCAGUGUCGCAUGUGCAGCUCUUUCCAACUGGCGCCACGAGCGCAGUGUCAUUGUCAUUUUCUGGCGGCACCAGCGGCGGCGGCGCCGGCAGUAGCGUGGAACCGUGUGGACUGCAGCUGCAAGUGACACUCGACGAGCGGCAGGUGGAGACCAGCUGGAUCCCCUACCUCGCAUCCCGUCCGACAGCGGCCGGCGGCAACAACUUGCUACUGCUGCCGUCGCCAUCCAUGAGCAGUAGCAGCCUGGCGGCGGCAGCCGCUACAGCCGCGGCCGGCGGUGGCGAGGCGCCCACGGGUCCAGCCGAGGUGUUCGCGCGGGCUGCUGCGGCGCUGCGGCGGGGGCUGCGGCGCGGGCUGCAGCUGCAGGGCAGCAGUCACUGGGCGGCUGUAGCAGGCGAGGGGGCGGCAGUAGCAGCCGGCGCCGCAGGCGCUCUCAUCCCCGUUCGUGCGGGUCCGGGGCUGGUCAUCGAGCAGAGCCCCGGGCCGGGCGGGGCCGUGCUGGAGCUGCUGCGGUCGCGGGCGGUGGUGUUCAACUCCACGACUGUGCCGCUGGAGGUAGCGCUGGCGUUCCCCGCACACGGAGGUGCCGCAGCGGGAGCCGCGCUGGCGGGCGUGGCGGUGGAGAAGCCCGAGUUCGGCGCAGACGGCCAGGCGGUGCCGGUGGAGGAGCUGGUGUUUGAGAACGAGCGCUACCUGCCCCUGCGCGGCUGGAGCCCAGCCAACCUGCUAGCCACGGAGCGGCGGCGCUACAGCCGCGCCGGGCAGAGCUACAGCAUCUUCCCCAACGUGCCGCUGCCGCCGGGCUGGGAGUGGGAGGGUCCCUGGCACAUGGACAACAGCGGCCACGUGGACGCCCACGGCUGGUUCUACGCCACCACGUGGGUGAUGCUCAAGUACCCGCCGCCGCCCGAGCAGGGCCGCAUGAAGCGGAGCGACCUGGUCCGACGCCGCCGCUGGGUGCGCCGCAGGCGCUGGGUCGAGGGCGGCGGCCCCGCCGCCGCUACAGCCGCUGCCGCAGCCGGUGCUACAGCCGCGGGGGCCGGCGGCGAGGCUGUAGCGCGCAAGCUGCUGGGCAGUGUGGCGCCUGGCGAGCGGCUGCCGCUGCCGCUGGGCUGGGAGGCUGGCGGCUGCGAGCUACAGUUGCGGCCGCUGCUGCUCACAGCGGAUCCCGACCUGGACCUCGACCUAGAGGAGCAGGAGCGGCACGCGCAGCUGCUGCUAAUGGGCGACGUGGCAGCCGGCGGCGGCGCAGGCGGCGGCGCAGGCGGCGGCGCAGGCAGUGGCGCAGGCAGCGCGCCGCCGCCGCUGCUGUUGGAUGUGGAUGGGGGUGGGGUUGGGGGUGGGGAGGAGGGGGCGGCGGGGCCGCGGCGGCGACGUGACGUGGAGGCGUUUCACGGCUGGAGCGCGGGCCCGGGCGGCAGCGGCGACCCCGGUGUGCUCAUGACGCGUCUCGGCGACGGCGGCGCCCGACUGCUGUGCUGCAGGGUGGGGGCGGCGUCAGCUGACGAGCAGGCGGCGCUGCCGCCAGCGCACGGGUCAGCAGCAGCUGCCACUGCUCCCGGCGGCGCGUCCCGCUCCCUCUCUUCAUCAGUCACAGCGACCACGCUCCCACACGCAGCCGCUGCUGUUCCCGCGCCGGCUACGCAGCCUGCGUCAGCAGGAGGCAUGGCUGGCCAGCAUCAGCCGACACAGCAGGCACGGCCGCCGCCGCCGCCGCGUGUGGAACCAGACGUGGUGGAGCUGGUGCAUCAGAACCAGCGCUUCUGGCCGCUGAGCGGGUGGGGCCGGACACUCAAGACGGAGCGCAAAGCCUUCAGCCUGGCCGGCAACAGCUACGCCGACUUCCCCGAGGUGCCGCUGCCGCCCGGCUGGGAGUGGGUGGACACGUGGCAGGUGGACCUCACGGGACACGUGGACAACGAGGGCUGGUUUUACGCGGCUGACUGGCAACUGCUCAAUUACCCGCCCACGCCCGAGCAAGGCCGGCGCAAGACUCUUGAUUUCAUUCGGCGACGGCGCUGGAUCCGGCGCCGUCGCUGGGUGCCACCAGAGCCGGAGCCGACACCUGCGGCGCCGCCGCCACGGCUGCAGCCGCAACUGCCGCCGCCCUCGCCGUCGCCGCCCCCGCCACCUGCUCCCGCAGCUGCCUUCGACCUGCUAGGUGACGAGCUCCCAGUCGCCACCACAACUGCUGCAGCCUCCGGCCCGCUUGGUGCCGGCGGGGACCUUUUCGCGGGGCUUGACCUGCUGGGCGGCGAAGUGGAACGUGUUGCUGCACCGGCAACACCAUCCGCGCCCGCUCCUCUACAAGGGCAACAGCCGCGGACAAUCAGCUCCGCGGCAUUGCAUGGCGAGAAGCCCGCCGCCGCAGCAGCGGCGGCGGCGGCCGCGGCCGCGCCCGGUGGCGGCGUCGCAGCCGAGCAACCCUGCUGGCUGAGCGUCGCACUCGAGAGCGAGGUGCUGGCGGCGCCGCCAGAUGCCGAGGCUGUAGCAGCUGCUGCUACAGCCGGUGGCGGCGGCGGCGGUGGCAGUAGCAGCGGCAGCGCCGUCAGCGACACGCUGGUGGACUGGCGGUUGGUGGUGCGCCCGCCGCUGACGCUGCAGAACCUGCUGCCGCUGCCGUCACACUACAUCGUCUGGGAGGCGGCGGCGGCGGGCGGCCAGAUGCGGCUGCGGGCGCGUGGCAGUGUGGCCCCGGGAGAGGCGGCCGCUGUGUACUCAGUCGACAUGCGAAAGCUGCUGUAUCUGUCGUACGCGCCCGAGGGCUACGACUUCGGGGAGCCGGUGCUGCUGAGCGAGGGCUUCGCACGCAACGCGGCCGGCGUGUCAGGCGCGGCCGGCAAGGCGCGGCCGCUGCCCUCCAGCUUCCUGUGCUCGCCCGCCUGCUUCUCCACCGCCACCGGCUCCACGGCCGUCGGCCCCUCCCUCCAACUGGAGGUGCUCCGAGACGCCGACACCACCGCGGCGCCCGUCUCCUCCCUGGGUGUGGGCGCAAUGCCUGGCGGCGCCGCCGCCGCCACCCUGCCCGACCAGCCGGUUGCCACGUUGGUGUCUAAGGCGCCCCCCACGCUGAGUGAGGCCGCCGCCGCCGGCUACCCUCUGACGGUGUCGCUGCGGGUGCCGCUGUGGCUGGUGAACGCAACGCCGCUGCUGAUCAGCUGCGCGCUGCUGGCGCUGUGGGAGGCGCCGCCCGCGUCAGCCGCCCGGCUGGGAGAGGCGCCUCGCCCGCCCGCGCGCGUGCACGUGGUGGGCACGCAGGACCCGCGCCGCCUCACGCCGCCCAGCCAACCCCAUCAGGCCCUGCAGCCGCCGCCCGGAUCCCACGGCAUCCCCGUAAAGCCGCUAUCCACACAUCUGCUGUCGUACCCUCCGGGCGUCGUAGCGCCCAGCACCGAGGCGGAUGCCGGCGGCGGCGGCGGCGCCAUCGCCGCCGGAGUCCCGGCGGGCUCCACGACGUCAGAGGCGGCGCUGGUGCUGUCAGUGUGUGGCAGCCGCUGGUCUGAAAUGGUGGUCCUGCCGUCGCUGUCGCAGAGCGCUGAGGGCGGCGCUGACAGCAGCUCUGCCCCUGCUGGCGGGCUCGGCGCGGGCAGCAGCGUCCUCAUCCGCGCCCUCAGCGGCGACGGCAGCCGAAUGCUGGAGGUGGUUGUGAGGCUGGAGUCCGGGCUCGGCAGUAGCAGUACCAACAGCGGCGGCGCUGGGCUCGGCAGUAGCAGCAGGCUGGCGGCGCUGCGCGCCGCCGCCGGCUCGCUGCUACUGCGCGUGGAGCCGCACGUGACGGUUUGGAACACGAGCGGCUUCCCGCUGCUGCUGCUACAGCCGAGUGCGCUGCAGCCGCCGCCAAGCACAGGCGCCGCCGCUGCUGCUGCUGCUGCUGCUGUUGCUACAGCCGGCGGCGGCGGUGGGCAUCACGCCGACGGCGCGCGCUCCUUCUCGGCUGCAGAGCCGCACCUGCAGUCUGCCCAUGCGGAGAGGUCGGCGGCGUCUGUGCCGGGCGGGCCCACGCCCAUGCUUGGCAGUGAUGCGUCAGGCGGCGCGUUCGUGACGCCGCCGCCGCCGGCCCUCACGCUGGCUCUAGCCCCAGCAGGUAUCACCGCGGCAGCAGCAGGCCGCGCAGACGAUGCCGAGCCCGCAGGCGGCGCCCCCACCCCUGCCGAAGGCGCGAGCGUUCCGCUUCAUUGGGCCGCCGCCGCCGCCGAACGCCGCCACUUCUGCCUGGCGCUGCCAGCUGUACCCGGCGUCAGCGACGCGGCUCUGCGUGGCCUGCACCCGAGUGUCCUGUGGAGCGACCCCAUCACCUUCAACCCGGAGUCGUGUGUCGGCGGGACCGCAGGCGCCAGCAGUGUGUCCGCGGGUGCAGGUGGUGGUGGUGGCGGCGCGGGUGCGGCGGCGGCGGCCACGGCAGCGGCUGCGGCGGCGGCGGCGGCUGGCGGCUGGGUGCAGGAGGGGCAGGUGGCGCUGCCUGUGUGCUGUGUGGGCCGUCCGGGCACGAUGGCAGCAGACGAGGCCGCGGGGCGCCGCGCACGGCUGGCAGUGAGGCAGCUGCUGGCAGCUGUGGCCACCCUGGGCACUGGUGCUGGCGGCGGCGGCGGCGGCAUCUCGGCGGCGGGUGCGGCGGGCGCGCUGGAGGCACUGGCGGCGACUGCGGAGACCUCGGUGGUGCGCCUGGUCCGGCAGACGGAGGUCGGCUUGGUGGAGUUGCUGGCGGUGCUGCUGACGCUGCGGCUGGAGCAGCGCGCGCCGGGAUGCCUGCGCCUGAGCCUGUCCGGCCUCGGCGGCCAGCCCCGGCACACGCUGGCGAACGCCUCCCCCACACACCUGCACUGGCGGCUGCUCACCGGCGCAGCGGGAGCGGCGGCGGCAGCCGCGGCCGGCGCGCGGCAGUGGCAGGUGGCGGCGCCGUACAGUGCGCAGGCGGUGGUGCGGUGCGGCGGCGCGCUGGGAGCGGCAUGGCUGCGGCCACCCGAGGUGGAGGUGACGGCGGCCGCGGUGGACCCGGCAGCGGCCGCGGCAGGAGGAGCGCCGCCGCCAGGCUCGAUCCUGCGCCUGACGUUCGGCGGCGCGUCAGACGACGGCAGGGAGCCCGCGCCGCAUUCGCAAGCGGCGGCGGCGGCGGCAGUGCGGCUGGGCCUGGUACCUGUGCGGCCGCUGGCGUCCAAGUACCUGCUGGCGCAGGUAUCUGAGGCGUGUGACGCGCUUGUGCUCACCACCGCCGGCCCCGCACGCCUGCCCGGCAGCGGCCGACACGCCGAGACGCUGGGCGCCGGCCGCCCCGACAGCACCCUGCGUAUGGUGCCCCUGCUACUGCCCGCCGCCACCACCACAGCACCCGCAGCUGCUAAAGCCGCUACAGCCGCUACAGCUGCUACAGCAACCGCUGCAACAGCCGGCACAACCGCGCGCGGCGCGGCCUUCAGCGCGCCCGCUGCUACAGCCGCGCCCCAUGCCGCCGCCGCCGGUGCUACAGCCUCCACCGCUGAGCUGCUCGCCCAGGCUAUGAGCGCUCCGGGCGUGGGCCUGCUGGCGCCCACCGGCACGGCGGCGGCUGCUACAGCCGGCGGCGGCGGGGACGGCAGUAGCAGCAGCGGCGGCCUGCACGUGCGUUUGGAGCUGUAUCAGCUGGAGGUGGGGGUGGUGGACGCCAGGCCGGAGGAGGUGGCGCUGCUGACGCUGGGCGGCGUGCGGGUGGAUGUGGGCUCUGGCGCAUCAGCAGGCGGUGUGGAGUACCUGUGCGCGGCGGUGCGGGUGGACAGCCUGCAGCUGGACGACAUGACGCCGGGGGCAGCCCACCCCGUGGUGCUGCAGCAGCAGGGCCAGCAGGGGAGGCAGCAGCAGGGGCGGCAGCAGGGCGGGGGCGUGGACCCCGUGUUCAGCAUGGCGUACACAUGCCAGCCCGGGAAGCUGCGGCACGCGCUGCACUGCCCAACCAUCGUGGCACGCCUGCUGCCGCUGCGCGUGUCGGUGGGCGAGGCGCUGGUGUGGCGGCUGUGGGGCCUGGCCAGCUCACUCACACCGCCGGAGCUAGACCUGCCCGCCUCCGGCGCCGCCGACGUGCCGCUGGCUGUGGACCUGUUGGAGCUGGAGGACAUGCGGCUGGCGCUCAGCUUCCGACCCGACAGCGGCAGCAGGCCGCACUGGGCCAGCGGCUACCUGCAGCUGGGUCUGGAGCUGGCGCAGCUUGACAACAUGGACAUGCGGCUUAAGGGCGUACACAUGGAGGCGGCCCGCAUGAUGCAGUCGCAGCUGGUGCAGCUGGUGGGCAGCCUGGUACGGCAGCAGAUAGUGUCGUUGGGAGUUGCCGUGCUGCGCUCGCUACUGCGGCAGUACGGCGUGGUGGGCGGCCUGUCGCGCGUGCUGAGCGUGUCGAGCCGCGGCGCGUCGGCCCUCGUGCCGCGCCGUGCCGCGGGUGCUCUCAAGGUGGUGGGGGUGCUGGCGUCUCCCAUCACCAUGUUGGCGUGCGCCGCCGUGGGCGCCGCCACCUCGGCCGUUGGGGGAGGAGGAGGUGGUGGCGGUGGCGGCGGCGGUGGCGGUGGCGGUGGUGUGCAAGGGCGCGACGUUGGCCGGCGGCGCCUGCAGCGUGUUUGCUCUGGCGACCGCAUCGUGCGCCCCUUUGACGUCCACGGCGCCAUGGGCUCGGCACUGCUGGCGGCGCUCGCGGCCCGACCCAACGGAGCAACCCUGCGGCGGGAGCGAUACGAGGAACACUGGGUGCUUCAGAGCAAUAUAAUCCUCCUGCUCACGGACCGACGGAUCCUGGCCGUGCAAUCCCCGGAGUUCGCGGCACUGCACCACCGCGUGGUCUCGGGUGGCAGCGGCAGCGGCAAGGGGGAGGAGCCGGAGCAGCUGUCUUGGGUGCCGUGUGCAGACGCAUCCGUGUCUUGGCACCUGCCCUGGUCCGAGCUGCUCACAGCCGAGGUGGCCGCCUGGCACGACCCACAGACCGUUGCCAGCUGGGCUGUAGCAGCGCAACCCGGCGCCGCUGCUACAGCCGGCGCUGGGGCUGCUACAGCCGCCGGUGCCGGUGCCGGGGCGCGGCCGGCGGGCUCCGACACGCUGCUGCUGCACCGGCGCAGCCGCGGCCCUGAGGGGCGCGUGGUGUACACCGCACAUUGCUGGGCCAUGGCUUGCCCCGCGCCCGAGGUGCUCACGCGCCUGCUGGAGGUCUACCAUCGCGCCUGGGCGCCCCUCGUGCGCCGCAACACACCCUCCCAGCAGCCACAACAGCAGCAGCAGCAGCAGCAGCAGCAGCAGCAGACGCCCAGCCGGCGGCGUGAGGAGCUGCUCGCAGCCACCGGUGACGAGGCGCGCGGCCGCGCCGCGCUUGCCGCCGCCGCCGCGGCGGGCCAGACGCUGCCUGACGCAGUCCUUUGUGCGGACUGGCGGCUGGUGUGGGCGGGCGGCGAGGCGGGGGGCAGCAGCGGCAGCGGCGGCGGGGCUUCCGGCGGUGCGCCCGGUGCCGACGGCUUUUCAAUCUGGCGUGCGGUGGCGCCGGCCGGCUAUGCAGCCGUCAGCGACGUCGCAGUGGCAGGCCGGGACCCGCCGGGGCGGCCCGCGCGCGUCUACAAGCGCAGCGCUGCGCCGCCACCGGUGCGCCCCGCCCCCGCCCCCGGCAGCUUCCCACUGGCGGCGCUGGCACCGGACUCCGCAGCAACUGCCCCGGCCCUGCCGCUGCUGGCAGCACCGCUAGGCUACCUGCUCGUGUUCCGGUCCAGCGGGCCGCCGGCACUCACCAUCUGGCGGCCUGUGCCGCCGCCCGGGUACGCGGUGGCUGGGUGCGUGGCUUGGCCGGCGAUCGAGGAGCCGCCGCCAGGGCUGGUGGCGUGCGUGCGGGCAGACUGUGUGGCGCCGGUGUCGUUCUCGGGCGCGCGGUCGCCGAUUUGGAGCGGCGCGAGCCCGGAGCACCCCUCGUGGCGCUGUGCGCUUUGGCCGGUGGUGACGGAGGGUGGCGGCGGCGGCGACGGGUCGGGCGCCUUUGUGGCGAUACGCGGCGGCGACAACCAGCCGCUCACGCCGCCGCCGGGCCUGAUGCUACGGCUGCUGGUGUAGCUGCCUUUAAGAAAUGCGUGAUAACAAUUUGUUGUGAAUUGUAUGUGGUUUGAAUUUGAGCCUCGAUGGUUGACGUGAUCGGCCGGGCAGUUACUGCGCCGUGUGGUUUGUAGGAGCCAGUGCGGGAGAAAUGUACCGUAACACGCAAAAGAUGGCUUGUCAUUGUCACCGCCUCAGGACUCUGAACCGCUGUGAAGCAUGUGGACGAUUGUAAUUGUGGGCGGACGGUGCCAGCUGCGCUAUGCCGACUCCUCCGUGCUAGAGGUGCGCGGCAGCCAGGGGAGCAGCGGUACAGUAGCUGUUGUUGUGUGUGGUUACAAGGUGGUGAGCACGACGUGCAUUAAAAGCUGAUCGGCUAUGGUCGGAGCCGCCCUACCCCUGAUUACCUGCCGACCUUCGCAACCGUACAUUGGUCUCGAGCACUGCGCCACAAGUAGAAGCCAAGCCACAGCCCGCCCUGAUGCAAGGCAGGUAGCGAGGCUCCUGCGGCGCGCCAGGCACGCCGAGGGGAGUAGGAGGGUGGGAGGGAUGUCUGGGCGAGCCAUCCAGGGCAUC